CAUGCUUUAAUAGAGAAAGUAUGCAAUGCAUACUGCUCUGGUGCAACCCCCCACUAUACUGCAUCUGGGGUAUUCGUGACUGGACGUCUGGGGGAUCACACACAUUUCCGAUUAGGAAGGAGAGAGAGAGGGAGAGAGAGAGAGAGAGAGAGAGAGAGAAACAGAGAGAGAGAGGGAGAGAGAGAGAGAUUACCAUUUCAAUCCAGCCAAUGAGACAGGCGAUACACUAAGAUUUUCAUAGUUGUGCAGGAGCACAAAGUGAGCGGAGUGUGUGUGAACUUCCAGGUAAAGCUGCAAGCCGACCUAAGCCCCAGAGGCCUCUGCUCCAGGCUUUGAUGCCAACACCCUCUAAAGCAGGUGGACAGACGCAGGAAUGAGCGACAGCGGGACCAAAGACCCGUCUCCUCAGUCGAGCACAGCCCAGUCGCCUGAGGAGCCCCAGCGCAGGGGUCGGGGUCGACCUCGGAAACAGCAGCAGGAGCCAGUUGGACCACCGACCCCAAAGAGGCCGAGAGGACGACCAAAAGGCAGCAAGAGCAAAGGCCCCAGAACUGCACUGAAGAAAGUAGAGCCUGUUGGCCAGAGGCGACCACGAGGGCGACCGAGAAAAUGGCCCCGGAAAGUUGUUCCAGAAGUGACUGAAGAGCAGCAGGGCCCUUCGGAGGAGGCCGAGGAGGGCCCCUCGUCAUCUCAGGUGCCUGCUCAGGAGGAAUCGGAGUAGAUGGGAUCCCUCUCUACCUACCUCAGUGUUUGGCCUCAAGCAAACAGGGGUACAAUCUGACUCCCUAUCUGUGAUGGGAAAUCAGGAACACACACACUUACACACACUCACACCCAAAAAAGAAAAUCCUCGCAGACAGCAGUUUCCUCUCCUGAUCUAAACAGCACCAUGGCUUUGUUGUUGCUUUGAGUAUAUGAUCGUUUGAGCCUUGGUAAAGGCAUGGUUCCAGCUUUUGGGAAAAGCAUUCGCAGAGUAUUAAAAUUUGUGUUUAUAUAUAGACAGGAGGCAGAGAAUAAAAUAAAAACGUACGCUUCCUGUCUUGUGACAGCAUGAAUGUGCCUUUUAAAGUGAUAUAGCACAGGUUCUCCAAAACCCACCAUAGUUAUUGGUGAAAGAAAUUCAACAAUAUUAAAGUAAAAAAAAAAAAAAAACAACUGUCACAACUCCAGAGCUUUAAAACAUAAAAAAUUUGAUUUUGGGACUAAAUAUUUCAGCUAUUUUCUUGCUUCUACGUCCAUUUAUAAUUAUCAACAUACCUUAAUUGACUGACAUGUUCUCUUGUUUUUCUGCUUUGAAUAGAUGGCUAGAAGAAAUGGGCGUCUUUAAUGAAAUACUAAUUAAAAUUAGUAAUUAACAUUCAGCUUAAAAAGUAAAUCAUUGAAUAAAAUUCUAUUUGAUAGCUUUCCACAGGGUUAUUUUAUUAAAAACAAUUGUUUUCUACCGUGAGAUGUAUUUUUUUUUCCAGACAAAGUAAAUAUAGUCAAAUUAAAAGUUGUAUUUUUCUAAAUUGUUUGAGAUUAUGAGAUUAUGCUUCUGCAAUAAAAGAUAGAGUUUAAUUAUUUAUAAAGAUGGAGGGCAGUGUGUAUAUAACGAGAGGUGCACUAAUUAAUCAAUCAGAGAUCAGAAUCAGCCAAUUUUCCUUUGAUCGACUUCGAUCAGAUCAGAAGGCCUCAUGAGAUUUACUUUAUCUACUAUUCAGUCCUUUAGGUUUGACGCUUUAAUGCUUUAAAGCUUGAUUCCCUCAUUCUUUGUUGGAUUCAAAGCUGCAGCCUGUUUAAAAAAAAACUGCUUCACAAAUGCAGUCAGUCAAAAAUCUAAGAAUUGAUCGGUAUCAGGAAAAGCCAGAUGUGUGCAUCUCUGACUAUGAGCUCUAUGUAAGAUUUCUAGUAAAUGUUUAAGUUCCUCCUGUGCCUUCUAGCUCUAUAUCAAGCUAUCAGCUCAAAGGUAUGGAAUAAUUAGUGGUUUAAUACCCCACUAACUAAAUGCACCCAAUUUAACCUUUAUGUCUCACAUUUAAAAGAGAAUUUAAAAAUGUAAUCGCCUGGAUUGUAAAUUUUUAAACCCAUCUGAAGACCUGAGAGAAUGCUUCUCCCUUAAAGUGGAACUGUCCCUUUAUUUUGCCAGCUGUCCUGAGCCUCUCAGUGAGACUUUGUGCAUGUGUGGAAACGCAUGUCUGUAUGUUUUGUGUUUGUACAGAGAGAGAGAUGCGGAGAAAGACAAAAAGAAAGAGGCAGAAUUUAAAAAAAAAAAAAGGACAAAAGGAACCAAACUGAACCGCGUUUCAGCUGUUUUAAACUUGAUAUUUUUAAACCAAUGUAACAACACAAUCAUGGCAAGCUGGACUCAUUUUUGUGAAAGCUGGUGUGAUUUCAAAUUGAAAUAUCCAUUUUCAGAGAUUACUUCUUAACCUCAGCUGAGUAAAUCCUUCCAAGCAGAAAGUGACUGAUUCAAAUCCAAAGGUUGAAAUGGAUAUUUCAUUUUGGAACAAAAAAAGAAAAAACUAAAACAAAACCUUCAUAAAUACUUGAGUCGACCGCAGUGUUGACGUGUCAUUUUUUUUUUUUACCACUCUCAGGAUUUCACUUUUUUAACAGUGCUCUUCUCUUACGUCAUUUAUGAAAACCUCAGGUACAUAUCUAUUCAGGAACAUGAUAUCUACUCAGUAAUAAUUGUGGUGCUGUGUUUGUUGUGCGAUUCUGAUCUGUAUUUGACAUUACCAGUAUGCCUUGACUCAAAGACCUCAUGUAAAAACCUCAGUCAGCCUCAGCUUCUUGAUCUCUCAUUCUACCUCAGCGACACAAAAACACAGAAGAUCCUCCUGCAAAGUUAUCCUUCACUCCCUCAGAAGUGAUACUGUAUACGCAAACACACACACACACACACACACACACAAACACACACAAACACUCGCAUGUGUACCAAUGCAAAUCAACAAGUUUCAGGGCUUAAAUGCCAACAAAUCAACAAAUACACACAAGUAACAAGAGGAUGUUACACUCCAGCGGAGGUGUACAGAUAAAGUAUCAAUAUCAUUUCAUAAAAAUAACUGUAUCUGAUUAAAAAAAAAA